UUUUUCUCUCAGAAAAUGGAUCCCAGCUGGCUUCUCUCGUCGUCUUCUUCCCUCGUUUCUUUAUCUUUCUUAUUCAUGGUUUUGGCCAUGAUUCCUCUUUCUUUAUGCUACGAAGAUUUAUUCUCGAGUUGCCGCGACUCGCGGUUCAGCUGCGGAAACAUCAACAAUAUUGGUUUUCCUUUCUGGGGAGAGAAUCGACCCAAUGGUUGUGGAUAUCCAGGAUUGAAGCUCAACUGCGAGAGAAGCGUUGCCACCAUAGAGAUCAUGAACGUGACGUACCGAGUGCUCGCUGUCAAUCCCAACACCCAGACAAUCAAAAUCUCGAGAGAGGACUACCUGACUGGGAUUUGUUCCCCAGAAUACGUGAAUUCCACACUCGAUCAUACACUUUUCGAUUUUAGCCUCUUUUACCAGAAUCUGACGCUAUUCUAUGGCUGCACUUCUUCUUCCAUUUUACCUGUCCCUGGAGUAUUCACUUGUCAUGUAAAUGGGGAUGUGCAGAUGGAGUUGGUAGCUGGAUUGCCUAAUAAUAACAAGUGCAAUCAAAGUGUUGUUAUCCCCGUCAGUACUCUGAGUACUCUGGGAAACUUGAUGGAUAUAGGAACUAAGUCGAAAUUGGAAGAGAUCAUUAGAGAGGGAUUUGAGGUGAAAUGGAAGGUGGAUAGUGCUCAGUGCAGUGACUGCGUGGGAUUGAAGGGAGCUUGUGGUUAUGACCUCAAGUUGAAUCAACCAACUUGCUAUUAUUCACCAGUUAAACCAGGUGGGUCCAAGAAGACAUCAUGAUCACGUUAACAAUAUUAAUGCUGAGGCAAUUAAUGGACCCUGAAUUCUCUCCGCGUGGGAUUAAGAUCAUGUCUAAACUCUGCAUAAAAUAUGACUCGUUUUAUAUGUCUAUCUCUCUUAUUUGAUGGUCUCAACUCCGAUCAAGAAAUUAAGUAGAUUUU